AUGAUAUCAUUAUCAUCCUUCGUUCAGAAGGCUCAAUCGCUGAUUGACCCGGCAAAUUUCAACAUUCCCUCCCUCUCUUCAUCCGACAACAAUCCUUCCAAGGCCUCGCUAUUCCGCCAGCAGUUCCGCCUGCCGGACUCUCAGAACCCUCUACAAGAGAUCACCGCCGACCUUAUCCUCCCACUUCCAACUUCUUCUACAAGCCCCGGAGAAGGUUCUCGCCGGGUCGACCGGGCUGGGAAUCGCUAUACGGGACGCCUGCACCUCAGCGAGCGAUUUAUCUGCUUCUCGACGCAGCCAACGAGUUUCCUGCCAUCAGCUACUCUGAAUUCUUCUACCAAUUGGACUGGCCAAACGCAUGGUACUGGGCCUUCUGGAAAUGGUUUCACGCUACCUCUCGCGUGCAUUCGUCGAGUCGAGCGACUUCACAGCGCCAAGGAUGUGUUCUCAUUAGCGUUGACAACCUGGAACGGUUUGUUGAACAAGCAGCAAGAACCAAACUUUGCGCCGCAGCGUCUCAUUUUGCAGUUGGUUGGUAGCAGACAGGCCUGCGAGCGAUUUUGCGACUGUCUGAAGAAGGGCUUGCGCGAGGGCAUGAAGGAGGUUGACAACCUACGAUCCGUUGUCGCUGAGUCUUAUUCGGAAUACCUACUCUCCGGCGCAAAGACCAAGGGGCAGGAAGGUAAUGAUGGCGAAGGCCGACAGCCUCCAGAUGCAGGGUUGGGCAUGCUAUUCCGCUAUCCCGGUGACGCACGUAAGCUCCGAGAUCGCAGCAAAAUGCGUCUUUGGGGUGAAUAUUUCCGAGAGAACGGACGAAAUGCAACUCUGGUCCGACAACCAACAUUUCACAAAUUGAUCCGUGUUGGUCUGCCAAACCGCUUGCGAGGAGAAGUCUGGGAGCUCACGUCCGGUUCCCUUUUCCUUCGUAUUCGAUCUCCGAAACUAUACCAAGAGACACUCGCUCGGUUCCAUGGCCAGGAAUCUCUCGCCAUUGACGAAAUUGAAAAGGAUUUGAACCGCAGUCUCCCUGAAUAUCCCGGUUUCCAGAGUGAGGAGGGAAUUGGUCGAUUGCGACGAGUUCUCACAGCUUAUAGUUGGACGAAUGCAGAGGUUGGCUAUUGCCAGGCCAUGAACAUUGUCGUGGCCGCGUUGUUAAUAUAUAUGUCCGAAUCUCAGGCAUUCUUCCUGCUCUCCGUGCUCUGCGAUCGCCUUCUCCCAGGCUACUAUUCUACAACAAUGUAUGGAACUCUCCUUGAUCAAAAGGUCUUCGAAUCCCUGGUGGAGAAGACGAUGCCUGUUCUUUGGGAGCACCUCUCCAAAUCAGAUGUACAGCUUUCAGUUGUGUCCCUGCCAUGGUUCCUUUCUCUCUAUAUCAACUCCAUGCCACUCGUCUUUGCCUUUCGUGUCUUGGAUGUUUUCUUUUUGGAGGGUCCCAAGGUAUUAUUCCAAGUCGGUCUUGCGAUUCUUCGCAUCAACGGUGAAGAGCUUCUCGACAUACAAGAUGACGGUUCUUUCAUCUCUGUUCUAAAAUCCUACUUUUCCCGCCUCGACGAAUCCGCACAUCCCAGAUCGGAGAAUCCCAAGCUUCGGGCUAUCACCAGAUUCCAGGAGCUGAUGGUGGUGGCUUUUAAAGAGUUUUCGGGAAUUACCCACAGCACUGUCACUGAGCAGCGUGAAAAGCACAAAGAUGCCGUGCUCCAAAACAUUGAGAGCUUCGCCAAGCGUACUUCGAUCCGCAACCUUGGCCCUGAGAGCAAACGUCUUAGUGUUGAUGAUCUUGGCACAAUCUAUGACCGUUUCUAUGAGACGCUGUACCAGUGGGAACAGCAUCAGAAACUCAUUGAGGAGGAGAGACUUCGGCAGCAGAAAAAGAAGUCCGAGAGGUUGUCGAUUCUUGGUCCUCCGGCUGACAGAGAAGUUGGCCGAGUUGGGCUCGGACCCAGCCCGACGCACAUGGACUAUGAUGCUUUCCGGGAAUUCCUAGCUGCCACCUCUAAGUGGGCGGUCUCUGACACUCCCAACCCUGCAAGAAAGGAAUCAGCAGGUUCAGGCUAUAGUAGUCUGAAAGGUAACGGCAAAUCGCUACUUUGGGCGAACCGACGCCAGCCUGCCGACCAUGAGUUCAUGCAACGCCUGUAUCGCAAGUGGGCUACGGAUCCCGAUGAGGGUUUGAGUCUGCAGAAUGUUGUGAAUGGCCUUGCAAGUCUUAAGGGCUCGCCGGACAUCAUGAACAAUAUCAAUUACUUCUUCAAUCUAUACGAUGACAGUGGAAACGGUCAAGUCGACCGUGAAGGCAUCCUCAAGAUCUCCGAGGCUCUCCUCUUCCUCUCUCGCCGUGGCUUUGAGGGAACUAUCACGGCUACACAAUCUCUGGAAGAUCUCAACAACCCCCGUGACCGUGAUCAUGCGGAACAAAACCGUCUCACCACUGAUGAGCGGUUUCUCGGUAGUGUCAGCGCCUUCAUCCGUCGCUGUUUCGAAUACGCCGACCCUAGCCAUCCGGAGAAUCAGAAAGCUGCUGCGCAGGACAGUAUUACAGAGACUGCAGAGAAGCUUGAUUCAUUCGUUAUCGGCGAUGAUGAAGAUCUGAUCGAUGUCGGUGGCGACAAUCCCAAGGAUUCUCCAGCAACAGAAUCUGGCAGCGGCGAGCACAACAGACCCAAGUCAGAAUCAGCCAACCCGGCUCUCGACCCCAACAAUCCUCUUCAUAUCACCCUACCUACCUUCCGCAUGGUCGUCUUGGCCGAUGAGCUCCUCGAACAAUUUUUCGAGUCCUACUUCCCGCAAUCUUUCCAUCUCUCCGAUCACCCGCACCCAGCCUCCCUCGCCGCAUCAUCAUCCCUCUCCUCCAAUCUCACCACAUUCUCCAAUCUCGGCAGCGUUCGCCCCUCUGUUUCCGGCUCCACAUCCGCCGUGUCCGUAGCCGGGGCCUCGGGCGGCAUCGUGCCCCCAGGCAAAGGCCUGCGCGGCGUGCUCGAUAAUAUUGUCACUGACGGCAUCCGAAUGGCCGCUGAAGUCAAGAAACGCAUGGACGACGCGCAGCGCGAGCUGGAGCGCAACGCACUGGGCCGCGACGAAGAAGACGACGAGGAUGAUGACGACGACUACCCCGCCCGCCAGGGUACCACAUCCACCGCCGCAAUGGCUGGCGGUAUCUCCAGCUGGGGCGCCGGCGCAUAUGGCGCGGACCCCGAACGCCGCAGCGUCCGUGACGCAGACCGCGACCUCCUUGAGGGCGCGGAGGCCGAGGUUCUAUCCAAAGAUGAGACGUCUCUGCUGGACGACAAGGUGGAGCUGGGCGCGAGCAAGGCCAGCCACGCGGGGCGCUCGCCACCAUCUGUGCAUGAUGCUGAGGUUGUUAGCAAGGUCGUUGAGUUCGAAUCAUGA